AUGCCCGGAUUACUGUCUCUUCCCACUGAGCUCUUGCAGCAAAUUGCUUCUUCAUUGCCCUGCUCUUCAGCCCUUAAUUUACUGAGUGUCAACCACCAGCUACGCAAAGCAUGUAGCGACCGUCUAGUCUUCCAGCAAAUUGCAAAACGCGAUCUAAACUACUCUCCCCUCUCCAAAUGGGGAUUCCACGAUAAUGUGAUACUAAUCGAAGACGACAACCCCAUUCUAACAUCAACCUCGCUGUCCGAGAUAAUCCGCCUAGCCUUCGCAGCCGAAAAAUGCAUCAAAUCCUCCACGAAAAAAUCUGACGCCUGGAUCUUCAAGGUCCAAAAGCACACCAAGAGAUUGGAUAUUCUCGACUGGCUUCCCCACAUGGUAGCCUUGGAGCAUUCCGCCAUAACAUCCCUAAAACCCGAACCCUUUCUCACACUGUACGAUGAAAUGCUCACCUACAAUGCCUCCGAAAACGAUCUCAUCGCCACAAACUUCAUGAUAACAUGCACGUUACUCCACCAACUCCGAUACGUCAUCAAUGCGGAAAAACAAGUCAAGAAACCACUGGAUAAGCACUUCGAAGCAAACCCCGGCAGGUCCACAUUAUCUGACGCAGAUUCAAUCACACACCUCCGCACCCGCAUACGCAGAUACGGCAGGUUUGCACCACCCUUCCAACUCGACCAGGCCACCGCUUUACUCCCUACUUUCCUCCUAGAACUAGCUGUGUACCGCCUUUUCCCAGAGCAACUGCGGCGCCAGCUCCCAUCGGUAUCAUGCAUAGGCUUUAAAUCGCUGAUGCGGAUCCCCCCAGUAUUUUCACAGAAUGCUGCUACUCAAUCGUUUGCACAGUGCCACGUGGAGAAAAUGGUGACGCCCGAGUUUCUGGGCGCAAAGUGGAUGGGGUAUUACUCGGAGCAGAGGGGCACAGUGCAUGCGCGCUCAUUCGAUCCGCCUAUGCGCGAUAUCAACAUCGUGGCGUGUGCGCCCGAGGGUGCGUCGGAUGUGGCUGCUGUGAUUGACCGCGAGACGAGGGGUGUAGAUGCGCAUGGGGAGUUCUCGCUCCAGGGCCGCGUCAAGAAGAAUGGGCAGGUGGAGCUGGUGAAGCGGUAUAUUGUGAGUGGGUGGACGUGGCCGUGGAUAGGUUGCUUGACGCCGUUUGGUAUUGUGGGGACGUGGGGAGACGAGUCGGACGAGUCGGACGAGUCUGAUAGUUUUGGGGGCUACUUUUGGAUUUGGAAGGAGGACUGGUGUGAUGGGGAUAGGUGA